AUGGAACAAUUUGGAGUUCAUAAAAGCAAUAUUGAAUUAAAUGAUAAAUAUGAUGUCAAAAAUGUUGACAUAAAUAGUGGAAUAUUGUAUGAUGGGGAUUAUGAAAUAUUCAACCAGUAUGACUAUAAGGAAGAAUAUUCUAGGAAACCUUUAGCAGCAACAAUACUUGGUGUCAACAAUACAAAUAUCCCAUUACCUGAUGAUUUGGAAUUUUAUGAUUGUUGGACUGAUGCAGAUGCUCAAGAAGCUUAUUUAACACAAAAUCCCAAAAUAUUUUUGGUUCUUGGAAAACAAGGAUGUGGAAGCUAUAAUUUAGGAGAGGCUAUAUCUAAGAAAUUAAAUUGUAUCCAUCUAUGUCCAAAAAAUAUUUUACUUGAUGAAAUUGAACAGAAAAGCUUGACUGGAAAAUGCAUAGAAUUUAACAUGAGACAUAAUAAAAUUUGCACAUUUGAUGUUAUAUUAUCAAUUAUGAGAGAAAAAAUAAAGUCACCAGUAGUUAAACAUAGAGGAUUUGUGGUGUCAGGCUUACCUUUAGUGACUUCAAUCAAACACAAUCUUUAUUUACAUCAUUCGUUAAUAGAUGAAGAAUCAUUGGACAUAUCAGAAAAUAUAUUGAAUGAUUUAUUAUAUAAUUUAAAAAAGAGAAAAGCGAAAAAAGAUAAAAAUUUAUCUCACUCUUCUUUCAGUAGUGAGCAAGAAAUGCCUUUUGAAGAAGAAAUAGAAGAAGAACAGGAACCAGAGAUUUUAGCUGAUGAAAUGGAAUAUAAAAUAGUUGAAUUGCGAAAAUUUAUUUUAAACACAUGUGAAAAUGUGAUAUUCCAUAAAAAGUCAAUGUAUAAGACUCAGAAAAUAGUACUUUUAGAACAAAGCCAAGCAUUAUUUGAUCUUAAACCAGAUAUUAUUAUAUUUAUUUCAUGUCCAAAUAAGGAUAUUAUUACAAAAAGAAAUCGUAAACAUAUUAAUUAUUUAAAUAAUUCUUUUACCUUUAAUUCAUUUAGUUCUAAUAUAGAUUUUGAAGUAAGAUGGCCCUCUCAUUAUACUUUGACAGAGUUUAAAAAACCAUAUGUUACUCAUGUGUUCAAUCCGAAAUAUAAUUGUAAACAACCAAUUAAUUUUGUCUUUAAUGCAAUACAACAACUUUGCAACUUUAAAGGAGUUAUAACUCCAUUUAUAGAAAGUAAAUUAAUGGAAUAUGAUCCAAAAAAUAUAAUUAAAUUAGAUGGUCGGGUAACUUUACAUCAAAUGAUUCAUAUUUUAAUUGAGAGAUUAUUACUUAUUUCCAUUAAACCAGUGCUUAUCCCAGAACCCCUAUAUCUUGAUGAACCUCCUGAAGAUUUUGAAGAAUUUUGGCAUUUAAUUGAAGAACUAAAUGUGAUUCGCAGUGGUAUUAUUAGUUUUAAUAGAUAUGCAUCAUUAUGGUAUAAUAGAUGUCCAGUGGAACUAAAAAAGAGAAGAUCAAUACAUGGGAAUGCUAAAUUUGCUGUUACUUUGUUUAAACAUGUAUAUUUACUGUCUUCUUUAGAGAAUAUGGUGCAAUUUUGUAGAAAUCCACGGCCGUUUUUGAAAUUAGAAUAUUUAGAACCCACAUGUCGUACCAUUAUAAUAGGGACACCAACUUCUGGAAAAACUAUGAUCGCUAAAUGUUUUUCAUGGCUAUUUAAAGCUCCUAUAAUUUGCUACACUACAUUUUUAGAAGAAGAAAGGAAAAAGAAGUAUGACAUUUACGCUAAAAAUAUUUAUUAUGAAAUUAUACCCAAAAUAGAAGAAGCUAGAUAUACUAAAUGGCAAAACAGUGAGAUAGAAAGAACAUCUAAACUAAAUACAUGGUUUAACACAAAAUAUAGUAUUUUAACCACUUACGUACCUCUUCUCAAACGAAAAAUAAUACAAUCUGAAGAGGAAGACUCAUCUUCUUUUAAUAAAUUUAAAUCUUUAAGAAAUCAACUACAAUUUUUGCCAGUAGAUGAUUUAGAUGAAUGCGAAGUAGCAUUAAUUGGUAAUAAUUUAUUAAAAUUUGCUCCUGUUGACUUAACCAUAGAGUUUGCUAAACCUACCACACCUAUAUUGGGUGAUGAAGAUGUUACUCAAGAAAUUUCUGCAUACAUAACAGCUAAUGAGUUACAAAAAGAAAUUGAACCAACACCACACGAAUUGAUAACUGAAAUAAUUAAUAUAAUACAAAAUAUAGAUCUUAAUUCUGUUGACAGUAGUGGCUCUGAAGACAAUUACGGAAAAUAUAUAAUAGACGGUUUUCCAUCAGAUCUAGAAUAUUGGGAAUAUUUGAUAGAAUCUGGAUUUUUACCAGACUAUACUAUAGCAUUGACAGAAAAUAGAGAAAUUGAUUUAAAUUUGAUCCAAUAUUAUAACAACAUACAGAAUUGUCUUAAGAAUUACCAAGAAAGAUACGUUUUGGCGCAAGAUCCCUUGAUUAAAACUAAGUUAUUACAAGAAAAACCCCCAGAUACUUCAUGGUUAGAUAUGCAAAUUAUUUUAGACCAGUUUCUGACUCAGAUGUUUGAUCUUCUAUAUACCAAUGAAAAUAUAUCUGAGACACAAAAUGAAAAAGAUUCUUUAACAUCUUUCCCCCAAAAAAUAGAAAAGUUUCGUGAAGAUUGGGAUAGCUUAAAAAUAAAAAUAGAAGAAAAUUUAAAAUCAUUUAUAGAGGUGGAAAUUGAAAAUAAAAGUGACAUAGAAGUAAUAGAUGAAGUGUUAUUAAAAUUGCGUAAAUGUUAUUGUAAACCUUAUUCAGGUGAAGAAUUAGCACCUGAAAUACAAGAAGACGAUAGCGAAUCCGUUAAAGACAUCGUAACAUACAAUAAUCCGCAAUAUUUAGGUGAAACAAAUGUUUACUGUCCAGUAGCUUUCUAUGAGUAUGGUAUUUUAUGGGAAGGUAAAAACGAUUUUUUUACCAAGUAUUAUAAUAAACUUUAUUAUUCCUGUAAUGAAGAUUUCUCUAAAACACUACAGAAUGAUAUUACAAAAUAUCAAUUUUACAAUAAACCCUUCAAAAAAUUCCCGCCAUUGAGAAUAUGUGUGAUUGGAAGUAUUGGUAGUGGCAAAUCAACCAUAUCUAAAAUAAUAGCUAAAGAACUUGGUUUAUUUCACAUUGAUUUUGAAGACUUUAUAAAUAAUUUUCUUAUACCAAAACAUUUUAAGAAGGUUGGUUGGCAGUAUGAAAAUGUUUUCACCGAUACGGACGUAGACGAUGAAGAAGAAAUUGUUGACCUACAAACUGAAGAUGGUGAUUUAAACAAGAUUUCAUACUAUUUGUUCAACGAAAAAAGAUUAAGAAGAAUGAUUUUUGACUAUUUUGAAAGAGGUUCUACGUUGCCAUCUAUAUUAAUAACAUAUUUGAUUAAAAAGCUUUGGUUUGAAAACCCAUAUACUAACACAGGUAUCGUAAUUGAUGGUUUCCCUAAAUCACCUUCUGAUGUAGAAGAUAUGACAACUAAUUUUUGUAUUCCUGAUUUAAUAAUUGAAUUAGAAAAUAAUUCUGAAAUUGCACUAGAGAGAUUAUCCCCAAAAAUACUAAAAAAAUGGAAAUUACAACAGAAUGAAGCCAAGAGCCAAGCUAUUAAAAAGUUAGAAGCAGAAAAAAAAGAUUGGCAAAAUUUUGUAACCAGAAACACCGUAAUUAAACUUAUAAUAGACGAGCUAGUAGAAAAAGUAGUCAUAAUAGAUUUGAAAGAAACAUUGAAAACUUCAUCUGUACAAAGCACCAUUAUAGAUGCUGAUCCGACUGGGUCGUUUAAUGUAGAUGCCAAUUUAUUUACAACUUAUAACGAACUGAUUCAAGAAUAUCCAGAACCAGUUGAUCAAAAUGAAUGGGAAAAGGCUGAUGACGCCCUCGAGAAGAUAAACAACAGAAUCGAAAGUAUUUUUGAGGCAGACGAUGAGAAUAUUCAAAAUUUAAAAGAUAUUUUAGAUGAACAAAAAAUUAAAAUUGAAUCAUUUAAUGGAAAAAAAACUAUGAACAAAGUAACGCGGCAAGUAUUAAAUAAAAUUUCUGGUCUAAGAUAUAGAAGUGAAUCAUUUUUUGAGCAAACUUUUAUUAUAAAUUGUGACAUAGCCGAAAUACUUUUAUUAGAAGGAUUUUUUUUGCUAAGCAAAUUUAAUAGAAUGUGCCCAGUCUUUAUAAAAGAAAACCCUUAUACAUUAUACAAUCCUUAUAAUAUUUGUAAACGUAAAAACAAAAUAUUUCCUAUUAUUCAUCGUGCUUACAUAUAUUUUAUUUCAACGGAGGCUAAUGUUAAAAAGUUUAGAGAAAAUCCUUUGAUAUAUAUACAUGAAGAUAUUAUUAAAUUAUAUAAACCUUACCCGUUCAGGAUUAGCGUAAUUGGACCACCAAAAUCAGGCAAAAGUGAACUGGCUAGUAAGUUGGCUAAACAUUAUGGAUUGAUGUGUAUAUCAAAAGGAAUGGCUAUAAGACAUAUUUUGGAAAAUAUGGAUUGGACGCUUCUAGGUUCAAAUAUAUUGUCAUUACUCUACGACGGUAACUGUAUUGAUAACGAACUUGUUAUGAAAGCAAUUAUUACAGUGGCUAUAGACAAUCGAACUAUGACUAAUGGUUUCGUUUUAGACGGUAUUCCUGAAUCUACAUAUGAAGUCUGUGAAUUAUCAAAACAUGGGCUAUUCCCUUUUAUAAUAUUUGAUCUUAAAAGUACUAAAAAAACUGUACUGAAAAACUCGCAGAAUGAAAUUUAUUAUAAUAUACUAAAAAGAAAGCCUCCUUAUUCGGGUCCUUUCAUAGAUUAUAGAUUUUCGAAAUGGGCAGAAAAGUCUAUGUCUGUUAGAAAUUGGAUCAAUGAAGACACGCAAAAUUUUUAUACUGUCAAUGGAAAUAAUUCUAAAUGGCAAUGCUAUUCCGACGCCAUUAAAGUAAUCGAAGAAUUAAUUCCAAAAAUACAUCAUUACUUAACUCAUGAAAAAUCAAAUGCAGUUUGCGUUGAUUUUAUGGCUGUAUCUAAUGAGGUAUUUGAACAAAAAAUGUCUUGUUUCAAAAACCUUUGCCCUAUUUGUUUCAAAAAUAAUAUUCUACGACACAGUGGAUAUCCCCCUGAUAAAAAAGGUCUUAUUCAAUAUAAUGACCUUUUUUAUUGGAUUUGUUCCGAACAUAAAAACCUAGUAUUGCAAUCCCCUAAAGAUUUUUUAAUAACAACAAAAAUAACAAUUCCUGAAAUUCCAACAACUGUUAAAUCUGUUGAUAUGUCGCUUGUUUAUGAAAAUGGCAUAUGUAUAGUAACCUAUGCAGAGAAUCUGCCAGCUCAAAAAGUUCUAAAAGGAUAUAAUCAAUAUGCAGCCUUAUACAAAAAGAAAAUUUAUUUAUUCUGCAGUCCUCAGUGUCACCGCAAAUUCUUGGCUAAACCCCAUAUGUACUAUAACAUAAGAGUUUUUAAGGAAAUGCACAUAUUUCCAAAAUUAACAUUAAAAGAAUUACCUCACCUGGGGUAUUUGGAACAAAGCGUUGGAAACAUACUAACGGAAGCUUGUUGUGCAGUCAAUGAGGCCAGACCGAAGUAUCCUGGCUUAGAUAAAUGCUUGUCGGGACUUUUAUAUAUAGCUUUAUUCUUAAAAACUCACAAUGAUUUAUUGGAAAGAGACAAAUUGUCUACAUAUAAUUUGGUGUUUAAAAUAUUUGAGGCACGAUGUAAACUAAUUACUCAUGUAGGUUUACGUCUAAGAUCAAUCGAUAAUCCAUUUGCUGUCUAUCCAAAAUGUUGCAAAACAAACAAAGUCAAACAAAUAGAAGAAACUGUUAGGAAAACUAGCAUCGUUUCCACCACUGUAACUUAUUCAGAAUCGGAAUUUGAUGACUCAAGUAGGGUACCUGUACCUGAUGAGAGGUUUGAUUUUCUCUGCGAAUACCAUAAACCAGUGAGUAAAGUACCAGCAUUUUUAAAUGUAGUAGAUAUUGCGGGUCUAGUUCGUGGUGCAGCCGAAGGUCAAGGUCUCGGCAAUGCUUUCUUAUCGCAUAUAAAAGCGUGUGACGCAAUUUUCAACUUGUGCAGGGCUUUUGAUGAUGAAACUGUAAUUCAUGUAGACGGUGAGGUGGACCCGAUCCGUGAUUUGGAGACCAUCGGAGAGGAAUUACGUCUUAAAGAUGAAGAACAAUUGAUUCAACAUAUUGAAAAGUUAGACAGGGCUGUAAAUCGCGGCGGAGACAAAAAACUUAAACCUGAAUAUGAAGCAUUGGCUAAAAUUAAAACCAUAUUAGGAGAAGAGAAAAAACAUAUAAGAUUUGGUGACUGGAGCGCCGCAGAUAUAGAGGUUCUUAACAAAUAUCUGUUUUUGACAUCGAAACCUGCGCUGUAUCUCGUGAACUUGUCCGAAAAGGAUUACAUCAGGAAAAAGAAUAAGUGGUUGCCCAAACUAAAGGAAUGGAUUGACAAGAAUGACCCCGGAGCACCAUUGAUACCAUUCUCUGGUGCUUUGGAAAGUAAAUUAUUAGAUAUGGAGCCUGAAGAGAGAAAACAAUUCCUCAAAGAAAAUAACAUCACCAGUGCACUAGAUAAAAUAAUAGUACAAGGUUACAAAGCGCUGCAGCUGGAAUACUUCUUUACAGCUGGACCCGAUGAAGUCAAAGCUUGGACCAUUCAGAAAGGAACUAAAGCCCCACAAGCUGCCGGUAGAAUCCACACGGACUUUGAGAAAGGCUUCAUAAUGGCGGAGGUGAUGCAUUACAAAGACUUUAAGGAGGAGGGCUCGGAAGCCGCUUGCAAAAGUGCCGGCAAGUACAGACAACAAGGUAGAAAUUACGUAGUGGAGGAUGGCGAUAUAAUUUUCUUCAAGUUCAACGCUGGCGCCGGUCUCAAGGACGCUAAGAAGAAA